GGACAGCGUUCCAAGGCAGUUCCAUAAAGACUUUGCUCAUCGGAGCCGACAUAGCGCAGCAAACUUAACUACACUAAUAUCCAGCCCACACUCAGAUAACACACUUACAAAGAUAGCAUGGACACAGUCAUCUUGGAUACUGUGUUUUUCAGAAUAAAUGUUCUGUUGUUGUUUUUUCUGGGUUUGCUAAUUGUGUGGUCUUGGGCAAGUACGUUCAUCUCUGAACCUCUGUUUUCUCAACUAUGUAAUGGGUUGCUGUGAGGAUUAAUGAGUUAAUACAUAAAGUGCUUAGAACAGUCUCUGGCAGAUAGUAAGAGCUUAGUAAAUGUAAGCUGUUAUCAGUAUUUUCCCAGGUGUAAAUGUGUUUGACUAGGCAUUAUUAUUAUUUGAAUUCCUGCUGACAUCUAGUGAUCAUUACAUUCUUCUCUAGUUCUUCACAAAGCAUUUGCUUCAUUAUUUUAUAUUUGUAGUUUCUGAAAUUUGCUUUCCUGCUUCUCUAGCCCCCAGAACUUGAAGCAGCUCUACAGAUCUCCAGGCCAUGAUUAUAUUUGUCUUUUUGAGCUCUUUCUCCAGGAUUAUGGGAGUCAGCUUUGUGAUUACAUUUGCAAAUUGCUUUAGUAGUAUGGAAUGGGUUGCAUCUGGGCCCAGAGACUCAAACUCACAUAAAGUAGUUACAGUCUCUUGGUCAUGAGGCUCAGGUGUCAGUUUUCAGUGGCUUUCUGCAGUUUUCAUUUAAAACUGUUGGAGAAGAUAAGCAAAAUACAAGUUGAGCCAUCUGUCUUUCUGUGUGAUUUCUCAACCUUAGCACCAGCCUCUGAGCAAUGACUCUUAGUUCCUUGUUCUGUUGGAGAAAUAGUGUAUUACGGUGGAGACAGCACUGAGUAGGAGAGUAUGAACCUGGCUUCUAAUUCCUGCUCCACCUGUUAAUAGCCACGAGCUGCUGGGCAAGUUGCAUUACCACGUUGUGCUUCGAUUUUCUUGUCUACAAAAGAGAUAUUUACCCUGUUGACUUUCAAAGAGGUAUCACAAGGCUGACUACAUAUCAGAAAGCAUCAAUUUUCUUGAUGGACCCAUUCAUCUGAUGAAAUAUGCCUAUACUAUUUUAAAAAGCUUUGUACUUCAUCAUACAAAAGUUCCCCCACCUCCAGAAUGAAAAUGAGGACAUUUGAGGAGAUGAUUUAAGGUGUGGACAUUUGAGAAGUGUCCUGUGGAAUUAGUAAACCAAAGCAAAAGUACUGAAUUGAUUAAUCCAAAACACUUACUGUUUUUUUUUAAACAAAGAGUAUUUCAUCUUGACAGAAAAACAACUCGUAUUCAAUAUGUAUUUUCUCAAAUUAAGGAGACCAGAACAAACUGAAAGGAAAAUAGAUUCGUAAAUAAGCUCCGUCAACUCUCUUCUGCUAAGGAUAGCUUAGUGAUGUUAAAUCCUUUACAAAUCCCUGGCUGUCUUCCUACAGACAAGACUGUUUUUUGAUGUGACUGAUAUCAAGAGAAGUACGACCUUUUAUGCAUUCAACUCAUUGAUAAAACUUACCGUCAUCGGCAUGAGUGGCUUAAAAGAGGAAAUGAAGAAGCUUUCAACUAAAUCCAAAAGUGCAGUCAUUUUCUUUACUGCUGUUAUUUUUAAAACCUCUUCAUAACCAUUGAAAAAGAAUUGACGACUAUUUUAAAAGAUUAAAGAAAGGCAGAUGUCUGCAAAUAAUUCCCCUCCAUCAGCCCAGAAGUCUGUAUUAUCUCCAGCUAUUCCUGCUGUGCUUCCAACUGCUUCUCCGUGUUCAAGUCCUAAGACGGGACUCUCUGCCCGACUGUCUAAUGGAAGCUUCAGUGCACCAUCGCUCACUAACUCCAGAGGCUCAGUGCAUACAGUUUCAUUUCUACUACAAAUUGGCCUCACACGGGAGAGUGUUACCAUUGAAGCCCAGGAACUGUCUUUAUCUGCUGUCAAGGAUCUUGUGUGCUCCAUUGUUUAUCAAAAGUUUCCAGAGUGUGGAUUCUUUGGCAUGUAUGACAAAAUUCUUCUCUUUCGCCAUGACAUGAACUCAGAAAAUAUUUUGCAGCUGAUUACCUCAGCAGAUGAAAUACAUGAAGGAGAUCUAGUGGAAGUUGUUCUUUCAGCUUUGGCCACAGUAGAAGACUUCCAGAUUCGUCCACAUACUCUCUAUGUACAUUCUUACAAAGCUCCUACUUUCUGUGAUUAUUGUGGUGAGAUGCUCUGGGGAUUGGUACGGCAGGGACUUAAAUGUGAAGGUUGUGGAUUAAAUUAUCAUAAACGAUGUGCCUUCAAGAUUCCAAAUAACUGUAGUGGAGUAAGAAAGAGACGUCUGUCAAAUGUAUCUUUGCCAGGACCCGGCCUCUCAGUUCCAAGACCCCUACAGCCUGAAUAUGUAGCCCUUCCCAGUGAAGAGUCACAUGUCCACCAGGAACCAAGUAAGAGAAUUCCUUCUUGGAGUGGUCGCCCAAUCUGGAUGGAAAAGAUGGUAAUGUGCAGAGUGAAGGUUCCACACACAUUUGCUGUUCACUCUUAUACCCGUCCCACGAUAUGUCAGUACUGCAAGCGGUUACUGAAAGGCCUCUUUCGCCAAGGAAUGCAGUGUAAAGAUUGUAAAUUCAACUGUCAUAAACGCUGUGCAUCAAAAGUACCAAGAGACUGCCUUGGAGAGGUUACUUUCAAUGGAGAACCUUCCAGUCUGGGAACAGAUACAGAUAUACCAAUGGAUAUUGACAAUAAUGACAUAAAUAGUGAUAGUAGUCGGGGCUUGGAUGACACAGAAGAGCCAUCUCCCCCAGAAGACAAGAUGUUCUUCCUGGAUCCAUCUGAUCUUGAUGUGGAAAGAGAUGAAGAAGCCGUUAAAACAAUCAGUCCAUCAACAAGCAAUAAUAUUCCGCUAAUGAGGGUUGUACAAUCCAUCAAGCACACAAAGAGGAAGAGCAGCACAAUGGUGAAGGAAGGGUGGAUGGUCCAUUACACCAGCAGGGAUAACCUGAGAAAGAGGCAUUAUUGGAGGCUUGACAGCAAAUGUCUAACAUUAUUUCAGAAUGAAUCUGGAUCAAAGUAUUAUAAGGAAAUUCCACUUUCAGAAAUUCUUCGCAUAUCUUCACCACGAGAUUUCACAAACAUUUCACAAGGCAGCAAUCCACACUGUUUUGAAAUCAUCACUGAUACUAUGGUAUACUUCGUUGGUGAGAACAAUGGGGAUAGCUCUCAUAAUCCUGUUCUUGCUGCCACUGGAGUUGGACUUGAUGUAGCACAGAGCUGGGAAAAAGCAAUUCGCCAAGCCCUCAUGCCUGUUACUCCUCAAGCAAGUGUUUGCACUUCUCCAGGGCAAGGGAAAGAUCACAAAGAUUUGUCUAUGAGUAUCUCUGUAUCUAACUGCCAGAUCCAGGAGAAUGUGGAUAUCAGUACUGUUUACCAGAUCUUUGCAGAUGAGGUGCUUGGUUCAGGCCAGUUUGGCAUUGUUUAUGGAGGAAAACAUAGAAAGACUGGGAGGGAUGUGGCUAUUAAAGUAAUUGAUAAGAUGAGAUUCCCCACAAAACAAGAAAGUCAACUCCGAAAUGAAGUGGCUAUUUUACAGACAAUCAUAGUACAUCUGAAUAUUUGCUUAGUAAAACUGUUUCUCCGCUUAAGUUGGUCAUAUAAAUAUCCUGCGACCUCUCUUCAGAAUUUGCACCAUCCUGGAAUUGUAAACCUGGAAUGUAUGUUUGAAACCCCAGAACGAGUCUUUGUAGUAAUGGAAAAGCUGCAUGGAGAUAUGUUGGAAAUGAUUCUAUCCAGUGAGAAAAGUCGGCUUCCAGAACGAAUUACUAAAUUCAUGGUCACACAGAUACUUGUUGCUUUGAGGAAUCUGCAUUUUAAGAAUAUUGUGCACUGUGAUUUAAAGCCAGAAAAUGUGCUGCUUGCAUCAGCAGAGCCAUUUCCUCAGGUGAAGCUAUGUGAUUUUGGAUUUGCACGCAUCAUUGGUGAAAAGUCAUUCAGGAGAUCUGUGGUAGGAACUCCAGCAUACUUAGCCCCUGAAGUUCUCCGGAGCAAAGGUUACAACCGUUCUCUAGAUAUGUGGUCAGUGGGAGUCAUCAUCUAUGUGAGCCUCAGUGGCACAUUUCCUUUUAAUGAGGAUGAAGAUAUAAAUGACCAGAUCCAAAAUGCUGCAUUUAUGUACCCACCAAAUCCAUGGAAAGAAAUUUCUGGUGAAGCAAUUGAUUUGAUAAACAAUCUGCUUCAAGUGAAGAUGAGAAAACGUUAUAGUGUUGACAAAUCUCUUAGUCAUCCCUGGCUACAGGACUAUCAGACUUGGCUUGACCUUAGAGAAUUUGAAACUCGCAUUGGAGAACGUUACAUUACACAUGAAAGUGAUGAUGCUCGCUGGGAAAUACAUGCAUACACACAUAACCUUGUAUACCCAAAGCACUUCAUUAUGGCUCCUAAUCCAGAUGAUAUGGAAGAAGAUCCUUAAUCGCUGAGUUAACCUAAAUAAGGAAGGAUUUCACUUAAUGGACUGAUAUUUUGCUGUAAAACUUGUUAUUUGUAGGCUGUCAUCUGCAAGGAUGCAAAGAUAUGAGGAAAUAUGAUAAAGAAUCAGUGACACCAAUACUGUAGUCCAUACUGAGUAGGUACAGGAGGGAAACUGAAUAAUAAGAACUCAUAAUGGAAUCAAGGUGAAGCUUUUUAUAAACUUUUGUAGCCUAAGCAAUAACUGGUUUUGUAUUUUUUUUCUAAUCCUUCACUUUAGUGCAAUAGGGCCACUUAAUUUGUCUUCCCUUUCUGUUUUAUAUAUAUAUAUUUUUGUUGGUUGUUUGUUUUGUUUUUUAAGGAAAAACAAGUCAAGCUAGCAUCCAGUUACUAUAUAGCUUGGCUAAAUUAUACAAGACUUAACAAGAUUGAAUAAACAGGCUUGUAUUUAAGAGAUAACUGUGAGGCUACCAUUGUGAUCCUACUAUAAGGACUUUUAACAUUGGUUUAACCAACCAUAGAGGCAUUGAAGGGUUUUUCUUAGAUGCCUAGAAAAAGAGCAUUGUGCUGUUUCAUCUUUCUUUUUUAGGUCAGUCAAGACUUUAAAACAGUGACUCCUAACCUUUUGGGAGUUGCUCUGCUACUCUGAAUAUGUUCUAUACAACAUAAGGAUUGUUACCUUCUGUCUGUUGCAACAUCUUCUAAGAUAAUUAGGGAAAAAGGAUGUUACAAAGGAAGAGUACUGCUGGUCUAAGCACUGAGUUGUACGUCUUUUCAUAGCUCCACUCUACUGCUAAAUAUGCACGUUCUGACACCAUCCUGAUGCCAGUACUGGAUCUACCUUUCACCAUCAGCAGAUCUCAACUUUACACAAUGUAUCUCUAUGCCUAGGGUUCAAUAAUUUCUGCUUUUUAGCAGGGCCAGUGCAGGGUCAGUUAAUGCUACAGUUAUUGUAUAGCAAACAGUAUCCUUUCUUUUUUUUUUUUUUUCCCCUUCCCUUAGCCUAUGGAGGGCUUUGCAGAUACCUGGAGUGUUUUAAAAUCAAUUAUUUUAAUUAGUUUGGGGAAUGGAUAGGAGUGGAGCAUGAAACAGUUUAUAAGGCUAGAGCUGUAUUAUCAGUGCAGCAAAUUAAAGAAUGAAAGAAGUACUUUUUAUAUUUCAGCUCCAGCAGCGAGCUAUUUAAAAAAUAUUUUUAAAUAUCUUCCCCAGUUUAAGAUGUGGGACCAUCUACUUGUAAGAAACAGUGACUUUUUUCCUUUCUCCACUCUAACAAGAGUAAAAGAGCAAAACUUCUGCUCAAGCCUUGGAUCCAUUACUUGUUAGUUAUGUUGGCCUGGGCAGAUGGCAGUCUGUCUUCAGUUCCUCAUUCUGUAAAAUGAGAUUAUAAUUCUGCUUUUGUCACAGUGUUGCGGUGAAGAUCAGCUUUGUAUGAAUGUAGUCAAAUAAACUAAAAACUAGGAAAGUGUUAACUAUCAUUGCCCAGCAAAUUUGAGGUAGCAAAAGAAAAGAAUGUUCUUGUAUAUGAACAGACUGAGAAGGCCUUUAGAGAUCCCUGAAGCUACUCUCCGAUCUAGGACUAAAAAUACCCUUGAAAGAAUAGUAGCAAGCAUUAUGCAGUGCUCCUGUGUUCUAAGUUCUUUUAUGUUUUAGUUUACCCUCCCAACAGCCAUAGUGUUAAGUCAUUAUGAACUCCAUGUUAAGAAAAUUGAGGCAAGGGGAGAUUAACCUGCCAAAUUUCAGACAGUUAGUACAUGUAUUUUGGAGGUCAGCAGUAUGGCUCUAAUCUCCCUUAACCCUCCCAACCAUUAUGCCGUACUGUCUACCCAUAAAUGCCUCCAGGAAAUAUUCCCCUCUUGGUAAUAUGUCCUUCUAUAGAAGCUUCAAAGAUUAAACCAAAUUAAUUUUUUUUAAAAAUUUAGCAAUGUUACUUUCCCUAUGAUAGAGGAUGAUUUCCCAGUUUCACCGAAGUCUGUUUAUAUCAACACACCCAAAAUGAAAUAUUCUGAGUUGCUAGGCAAUCUACUUUGGUUUUACUACAUAAGGUGAAAAUUAACUGGAAUGAUGUUCGUUUGCUAAACUUAUAUAAUCAAACUUUACAAGCCAUGAAAUUAAUUGCACUCUUUGUAUUUGUUGUUAAAUGCCUAAGAAGUUUUCAAAAAAAUUUUGUAAAGGCACUGUUGAAGAAUCUGGAGUUGAAUUAAUUACUCCAGAUACUGUAUAACCUGCAUAACUUUUUGUCAUGUUUGUAUAAGAAGUAAUUAUUUGCUAGAAACAUUUGAUAAUGUACAAAGUAGUCUAUAAUGACUGUUCAGUACAUUUUUAUAUUUUUUGUUACAUCGAACUUUUUGUAAAUAUACUGGAAGCUUGAUAAUAAAAUGUAUUUCUAUAUCACCAUA